AUGUACGCGCCGCUGGGGGGCUGCGGGCCCCCAGUCUCUGACGGAGAUGUGGGCGGCGGCUACCCCUCCUCUGCAGGCUUCUACGGCUCCGGCGCCCCGGCCCAUUCGCCGCACUCUGGGGCUGGCGGCUACAUGGGCGGCGACGCGGCGCUUCCGACCGCGGGCGGAGACGCGCAGGCGUUCCGUGGCGGGCCUCCGAGCCUGCGCGGGGCCCGCGGCGGCGGCGGCCGUGGAGCCCAAGGCGCAGCCGCGCCGCCCCCGCCCCACUUGGUCGGAGGGCGGGUCCGGAAGGAGGGCGACUGGCAGUGCGAAGACCCCGCGUGCGGGAACAUCAACUUUUCCAAGCGGACGCGGUGCAACCGAUGCGGGAAGAACAAGCCAAAGACCGGGGACCCGCUGAAGGACAUCCCCAACUUGGGGGGCCCACCAGGGCUCUUCAAGCAGGGCGACUGGCCGUGCACGCACUGCGGGAACGUGAACUGGGCGAGAAGGAACACCUGCAACAUCUGCAGCGCUCCCAAGCCGAGCACCCACGACGAGCCGCGGACGGGACGCGGCGGAGGGCACUUUGACCUGCAAGACCCCGCAGACCGCAGGCGCCACGAUUCCGACGACGAGGAUUUCGACGAAUUCGGGCGCAGAAAAAGGAAGCACGGCGCGCAUGCGCAGGCGCAAGCGACCGGCGGUCUCGCGUCAGGCGCAGCAGGCGCUGCGCAUGUUGGGCCUCCCUCGCCGUCGGCGACGCUGCCCCCGCCCCUGCGGCAGGGACAGUCGGCCGCGUCCGCGGCGCUUCCGGCCGGGUCGGCCCUGGGGGCCGGUGGAGCCGAGAGGAAUGGAGCCCACGUGGAGGCGGCAGCGAGGGGGCGGCCGGAUGCGAACGCGGUCGCGGCGGGGGCGGAGGGCGGCCGAGGCCCUUCGCUGCAAGGCGGGGCAGAUGCCACAGAGAGCGGAUGCGCGACAGAUGGCGUACGCGGAGCUUUCGGGGGCGGGGCGGGAAGCAGCUUCGGAGAGGGAGACUUUGUUGGCGUGAAGCUGGCCUUCCCGCCGGCGCCCAAGAGACGGCUCGUGUCGUCUUCUUCUUCUUCCUCGUCUUCGUCUUCAGAGAGCGAGUCAAGCCGGAGCCCAAGCCGGUCGCGGCGGAGCCGAAGGAGCCGCAGCCGCAGCCGCAGCGACAGCCGGCGACGGGCGAGGAGAAGGAGCCCGAGCCGCGAGGAGAACCGGAGGUCUCGAGGGGGAGACUCCUCGGCCGGCGCGUCGAGAUCUGGGGGCUCCAGUCGAAGAGAUAGAGAGCGGGAAAGGGACAGACGGUCCCGGUCGCGGAGCCCGCGAGACCACCGAGGCUCCAGCAACCCAAGGCGAUGA